CUUCAGUGCUUGCAUUAGGUUUCAGUUGUAGUCUCCCUAUAGGAGUGAAGCCGCAUUGCCAGCAGUAUCUUUAACCUAUGAACUCCUGAGUGUGCCAGUCCUCCGCCAUAUUGACUGUUGUCUUGACUGGAGGAGAUAGAGAACAUUUUUGAGGUCCGAGAAGAAACGAAAGUGUGCUCUCCAAAUCCUCGAAACUGGUGCAAACUUGGCCAAAGCGUAUUAUAAACAACACCGUAAUGGCAAGGAAGAAAAGCAAGCAGCCAGGAGUCGCCCAGAAGGAGCUUGCGCCCGGACAGCAGACCGCACCGAAGAGCCCAGUCUCUCCCGGCGAUGCAGCUGACGGUGGCGGCGGCGGAGAUGCUGGGCUGGAUAGGCUGGCCAAUACCAGGGCGAACCAGCCUAUGCACACCUGCUGCCUCCUGUGCCACCGAGAAUUUAAGGACUGGGGAGCAAACUCUGUGAACGGACUCCCUGGGGGCCAUGGGACCAAGCUGGCUGAUGCCGUGCCUGCGCUCUCCCAGGCCUUAUUGCGGGAGGCACCAGGGCGUAAGCUUGCUGAUGCCGUGCCCUCGCUGUCUCAGUCCCUGCUGGGAGAGGUGCCUCUGUGGAUAUGUCAGAGCUGCUGCAAGAGUGUGGAAGAGGAAGAGAGGCGAAGCACCCAGGAGCAACCAGCGCCGGUACCAUUGUCACACUCUUCCUCCUGUAAGUCCCAAAGCUGUGGGAACGGUUACCCGGAGCAAAGUACUGUGGAUUGGGACCCAAGUUCCUUCCUGUCAGCCCACAAACUGUCAGGGCUCUGGAACUCUGCCCACACCAACGGAGGGGAACACUGCAACCACAACACUUCUUCACACUCACAACCAGGUUUAACAGCAGGUUCAGCUUGUCAUGAGAAAAGAGGACUCCAUGAAGCACCGGGGAAAUCUGCUAAAACGUCGGGGGCCAAAGUCUGUCCCUACAGUCACCCGUCAUCCCAGACCUCCAGUGGAUCUUCUGCUGGGAGCCCCCUGUCUACCUCAGCAGAUCUUUUUAAGACAACGCCCAAGCACUUCAAGACCAUGUGCCGUCGACCAACACCGCCAGGUGAAGCCUUCCACCCCAGUGACCACCAUCAGCACACAGACUUGUCGGUACCCCCCAACAGUCCCACCGGCCUGUCCUCCCAGCAUUCCUCCCUCCUGCCUCCAAAGCCGAACUCUGGGCAGCACGGCCACGUCACCUCCUCGUCCGGCGCUGGCGUCGCAGCCCACGCUCCCUUCUCCCCACUGGUACCAAACCUCCACGGCCCCUCAGCCAAACUCAACUCUCCCAGUCCAGACAGUCCCACACCUGUCCAUAAGCCCAGCCCCUGCAAAAACUCCCACAUUCCUGCCGUGAACACUCAGCACAGCAAACUGGGCACGUCCAUCAUGGGCUGUAACCACCCUUGCAAUGGACACAGUGCGGGGACCGUGGCCCCUUCAAAUGCGGGCCAUCUGACAGCUGGGGCCUGCAGGGACCAGGCGUGUAAGGGGCACAAAAUGACUAAUGGGACGUUAUGCCACCCUUCGUCGGAGCUGGAGGAGGGCGAGGAUGAAGACAGCAGCUCUGAGAGGAGCUCUUGUGCCUCCUCUUCCACCAAUCAGAAGGACGGGAAGUACUGCGACUGCUGCUACUGCGAGUUCUUUGGGCACAAUGCGCCUCCAGCUGCACCAACCAGCCGUAACUACGCUGAGAUCCGGGAGAAGCUCCGCUCACGUCUGACCCGGCGUAAAGAGGAGCCGCCUCAGCGCCAGGAUGCAGAGCUGACAGUGGCCGGCGCCAUCGACAACCGGGAUGUAGACGAGCUGCUGGACUUCAUAAACAGUUCUGAACCCAAACCUGUCAACAGUGCCAAGGCUGCCAAAAGGGCCCGACACAAACAAAAGAAGAAGGUAGAGUCACUUAGAAAUGGUGUGCACAGCCGCCCUGGGCCACCCUUCUCUGCGCUCUCGCCUCGCGAGGCGCGAAUGGUUGCGAACCCCGAGGGCCGACCUCGAGUGGUACCAGAGCGGGUCGCCUCCUACAGGACCUCCAACCUUAUUAUACCUACAUGCUGGCUCCUUACGGAGACUCAAGGAGGACAGGCUGGAGCCUCUCGGUUCUUGUACAUAGGAAGCACACUAGUCGAGUCCGACCGUUUCGCCCCGCUACGACGAGAGGGGCCCGCUAUCGGUGGGUCGAAGCGGCGACGAGUACUCGAAACCUGGACGUCACGGCACACAGUCGCCGCGACGCAGGUCUCGACCUGUAAGUGA